UCAAACCAAUACUUCCGUCGUACGGUGAUAGGAAAGUUUAGCAGUUGUGCAAAAAAAAGAGGGAUUAUUCAUGCUGAUGUGUGGUUUAUAUUCACCUUUGUUGCUUUAACUUUGAUACUUAGUAUUCAAUAUGGCCCACGAAGAAGAUAAUGGCGCCGAACAAUCAUCAGAACAUUGGUUUAAUAGCUUUGAAGAGGAGUGUUUGGAAGAACUCGAUGUAGAACCCAAUAUGGCGGAAACCCUUCAAGCACAGAGGGAAUACGCAACACAAAAACUUUUUUUUCACUUCCAAAAUUCUGCAACUUCUAUAGCACAAUUAUACAAAGAUCGACACAGUGGGCUUUCAUUGUUUAUACCCUUUCAGAAUGCUGCUGCAUCUGUAACUAGUCUAUAUAAAGAUAGUGUAGAUUCCUUAAGACGAUGUGUAGAUGUUGGUGUUCAAAGAGGUAGACAGCACAGAACAAAGGACAUUGUUGCAUGGGCAAAGAAGAAGCGAAGGCAUAUACGUAGAGAAGACUUGCUUGCCUUUCUUUGUGGAAAGUCUCCUCCCACUAGAAAUCGUUUGUCUGGUCCACUAGUUCGCCAUACCUCCUCUUCCCGACUUAGUGGCUUGGAGAGGUCUCAUUCCCCACGGGUACCUGGCACAGAAGGAUGUGAGCCACCAGCAGAGCCAGAUCUACAAGCAUUUAGAGAAGCCAUUGCCAUUCAAGGACUAAAUGGUGCAAUGUCAAACAUCAGUGUGGACUACAAUAGACCUCAUGGUACACCUAGUACACAACUGCCUCGAAAUAACAAUAUGGAGGAACUGAAUCGCUUUAUAAUGGAUGAAAUUUCCCAAAAUUACGAUUCUUCACGAAAGAGGACAUCCUCUCCUGAUGUGCUAAUGGACUCGCCAUCCCGUAAAAGGAGUCGAUUCAGCUGGAGGGAUUAAGUGGGGGAAAAUGCGCAAUUUCCAAUUUAAAGGAAACUCAUUAGCAGAUAAUCUAUUUAGAAACACAACUACUGUACUGUGAAUGGGGAUGUAUCAUUUCAUCAAAACAUUAAAUGACUUGUCUAUGUUAUUUUUUUCUAUGCUGAAUUAAAUUCAUCCUGUCUAUUUACUAUGAAGCACCAUUCAAUUUUCAGUCAAAUUUCCUGAUAAAUUUUGAUACAUGAUAUUCUUUUUCUUUUAAUAUCUUAAACAUUCUUUGAAUACUCUAAGCAAUUUUGUAAUAACAUUUGGGUCAUUUAAGACUUGUUGCCAAAAACUUUUCAAAUCUACUCUCACUAUUUUUUUUAAAGCAGUUUAAGCAUAAUUACUGAACCAUUAUAAAGGCUUUUUUGAUACAGUCUAGAGGGAAAAAAUAUUUUUUACUCAAACAAGUGACUUUAAGUAAAAAUCAUUGAACCUUGACAUUGUCAUGAGUUUAUGGGGAAAGGAAUCCAUAUCUGUAGCUGAAACUGAUUUAAAAAUAUUUUAUCUUUUGUAUAACAAGGGUUUUCACCAUGUUUUCACAACCGAUUUUAAGUUUUUAGAAGUAACUUGUUUUCAGUCUAAAUGUGGCAUAUUAAUUAAGUCAGAUGUGAUUUUAUAUAUGCCUCAAUCAGUUGGAACUGAAAGAAAAUUAUCAAGAUUUUUUUUUAUUUCACUUUAGAAUAUUUUCGUCCUACCAUUAUGACACACCUUUAUAGAUUAACACUUGAAGAUAUUGUGUUACCUAGAUUAACAGUCAGUCAUCGCCCACAGUCAAAUAUCUCUCAAAAUAAUUUGUUGUUUUGCUUUGUGAGUGAAAUGUUUGCAGGUACAUACAGAUUUCAUUUUAAUAAUAUAUAUCCCCAUUCCCAUUCACAUUUAAACCUACACAAUGUAAGGUUGAGUUUGUUAGGAGGAGAGAAUAAUAAUGUCUGUGAUGUAUAUUUUAUUCUGUAUGUAACGCACAGCUAGUGUUCCUUUAUACAGAGUCUGCCAAAUAUACCGUUUGAUUUGUAUUGCUGCAUAUAAAGAAAGAGCUAAAAAGUCUUUAAAUUUUUUACGUAUAUAUAUAUUUAACUCUGUAUAGGAAAAGAUUGUACCAUGGGUUUACUGUGUAAACAUAAUCACAUUAGAUUGGUGCCACUGAUGUGGCUUGUCCUCCGUACUGAGGUGAAAGAUCGGAUUGCAUGCAACUGUGUGUGUGUGCGUGUUUUGUUUUACGUGAUAUAUCUGAUGUAGUAAAGCUGGUCAGACAUGUUGUUAUGGAAUUCCAUUUCUGAGUGUUAUAUCUUUAAAUACAUUGUAAUUAUCUGUUGUAAGUCAUUGUUAUAAAAUAUGUGGAUGAAAUAAAAUAACAGUAAUAUCAUUGAAUUUUAGCAUGUUUACAACUUUGAAUUCUGAUGGUGUAGAGUUAACAUUAUUAUCUCCCAUCCAGAAGCACUUUUUAUGAUAAUUGUUUCUGGGUUAAUUCUCCUGGGAUGAAGGUUCAAAGAGAUUGACUAUGACAGUUGUUAUGGCUGGAGAUACAGGUAUAUUUUUUUUACCUGGUACUUGUCAGUUUAACUCCAUGUACAUUGAUUUCCAUGUAAUUUAAUUUGUAUAGUCUUCUGAUUCUUCAACAGAAUAGGUGAUUGUCUCUUCCUAAUUUUGAUUUUUUUCUUCUUCAGGAUGAAUUAAUGAUGCAGUGUAUUUAUAAUUAGUGACCGUAAAACAAGCAAAUAAUGUUUUCAGCACUUUCAUUUUAUGGUUUUAAGAUAAAAUACAGACUUCAUGUAUCCAAAAUUUAGUACUAAGUUUUGUCUUGAGAAUGUUAUUGACUCGAUAAAGAUCAGUUAAUUUUAAUAUCUUUCCCCCCAUUCUGUGCAUGUGCAUAUUUGUAAAAUAUUUAUGUGUUUUAUUCAGUAAAAGGUUUUUUUGUUGAUUCUUACUUGCAUAAUAUGUACCUCUUUAGUUUAUUCAGUUUGAUGGAAUAGAACAGGCAAGCAAAAUAUUUUGAUACUGAACAUCAUUUUUCAUUGUCAAAAUGAACGAAAUGAAGAGGGAUCUUUAUUGCCACAGGAAAGUCAGCUUUUUGUUUAAACAGUCUACACACACAAAACACAAACUUUUGGUUUUAGCUAAGGUUUUCAUGGUGGUCUGUCCAUGCAGGUUUUAUAUCGGGGCCAGUCAAGAUUUGCAAUUAUUUUAAAAUCUGCCUGCAUCUGGUAUUGUACAGAAUUUUAAGAAAUCAUUUUGGUACCAAAUUUAUGUCAAAAAAGCUGCGCAUGAACAGUUUGAUCCUGCAUGCCAUCAAUUUUAGACAUGCACUUUUCAAAAUUGAAUUAAACGAAAGAAAAUAUUAUUAUAAGAAUUAAUAGUAUCGUUAUUAUCGUGUAUAUUUUUAUCUGGUCGUGCACAGUGAUAGUGUAAACACUCCUCUAUUGAGGUAGAUUUACUCCGAUAUGAUUAUCUGUAGGUUUCUUUAAAAUAGAAUAAAAACAUAAACUUUAAUAUAUUGAAUAAUUGAUAAUAAUAUAUAAAAAAUGCUAAGAAAUAUAUGCAAUUGACAAGGACAAUUUUGUGCAAAAGAGAUCUUUGAAAAAUACCCUUGUUGGCUAAACUUAAAAAAUUACAAAAACUUAACAAAAAUUGAAAUAUCCGAAAUAGCUUCACCCACAAUUCUUGUAAGUGGGUUUGUACUUUACAACAUAUUAUAUUAUUUACAAAUGUUUCUAGGCAAUUCUGAUUUGUGUUAGCAGAUGAUGUGUUACUCAAUGGAAUACUGUUCAUCACUAUAUUUUUUGCACCUUACUUGACAACUUGGUCCGAAUGUUUUAUUUGCAGACACUGGAAAUUGUGAUUGAGCGGAUCGUAUUUCAGUUGUGAUAGUUAUUAAUCUAUCGAAUAAAUAUUUGCAGAAGUUUAAAAAUUUCAAAAAAAAAAUGUAACCUACAAGUCUCCUCACAAACUAACUGGAAAAUAGUCUCGUGAAAAGCAAUUGAUUUUACAUUUUUGAGGGUGACUAUUCUGAGGACUCGUAAGUUCAGAUGGCAUUAAGUAAAAGCACACAAAAUGAAAUAUUGGUUUCGUCAUUAAAGGUUUCUAUUUCUUCAAUCCAAGCUAUACCACUGUAAAGCAAUUAUCUCGAGACAUGUACUUACUUUGUACUUUCCUUACCUUAUAAGGAGAAACAAUUACAACUGGAAAAAAAAUCUUGAUAAUAUCUAUUGAGCAGAUCAAAAUAUUUAUUCUUAUUCAUUCUGCUUAUUUACAUUCUUGUGAAUUAUACCUUUGAAGCACAGUUGUGGAAGAUAAGUAUUCAAGGAAGUUGAUAAGGGUCUUCAAUCCAUCGCAUCUUAAAUAUUUGUUUAUAUUUUCACUUCAGCAUCUCCAUCCCAAGUCCAACAUCUUUUCUUCUCAAGGUUUGAGCAAGUUCUUUAAACUCAAUUAAUUUUGAUAAAAAUAUUGUAAUUAUAGGAAAAUUCUUUGGUAUUUGAGACAUUGUUGGUAUAUGCUAACUGAUGAAAUAGUCGUUUCUGAUUAACAUGAAAGUUAAAGAUAACUUUAUUUGUUGGAAUGGCUUCAAUGUCGUGAGGUACUAGGAGAAAUGCGAGAUAACAUAUGUGCAAGUUAAUUCUAGAUUAUUCAAGUAUGAGUUAUUUAUUUAAAAAAUUGCUGACUUGCAUCAUUGAUUUACUACAAGGCUUUUUGUGUGUGUUGUUUUUAAAUUGCUACAGAGGUGAAGUGUAGUAUACGGUAUUCACAACACUGGCUAUAUUAUAUUGUUAGUUUGUUUGGUUAACAUGAGCAUCAGGCAGAUAGUAUAAGGUAAAGAAAGGUGUGUGAUGGUGAAUGAAAGAAAGAAGAAGGCUAAGGAAGGACUGUGUGAUGGUGAAUGAAAGAAAGAAGAAGGCUAAAGAAGGACUGUGUGAUGGUGAAUGAGGACUAAAGGAAAAGUAUGGACUCUUUGUGAAUGGAGUAUAAUUGUUUGUUUAUUUAGUAAACAUGAUCAGUUCUGUUUUGUACUGAACAGGCUAUGUUUAUGGUGUAAAUGAUCUUAGGUUAUCAUUGGGUUCAGAGUAAGAUAUUAUUUUGGUUGGAGAUGAGUACCCUCUGUGUAUUCAUUCAUGAAAGGAUACAUAAACUGUAUUCUGUGGUAAUAAAUGAUUGUAGAUGUCA